AUGGCGGCGGACAAUACCGUGGCAGCUACACCAGAGGAGACCCUCGAGUCGCUGCUCCGCGAAGCCGAAGCUUUGAAACAAAAGCUGGAGGAAGAAAGGCAAAAGCUUAAUGAUGUCACCUUAUCAUGUGUUGCCGAGCGGUUGGAGCCAAUCCAUUUUCCUAACUUGAAGCUAAGACGUGUUCUGAAAGGUCACCAAUCAAAAGUGCUAUGCUCUGAUUGGUCACCUGAUAAGCGGCACAUUGUUUCAUCUUCACAGGAUGGUAAGAUUAUAAUCUGGGAUGCAUUCACUGCCACUAAGGAGCUCACCAUAUCUAUGCCCAGCACAUGGGUGAUGGCUUGUGCAUAUGCUCCCUCUGGAAACAUGGUAGCUGCAGGAGGGCUAGACAACAAGGUGACGGUGUUCCCGUUGGGCGCGGCGGGCGCGGGUGCGGGGGCGGAGGAGGAGCCGGCGGCGCGCAAGCGCACCGUGGCGACGCACACCUCGUACAUGUCGUGCUGCCUCUUCCCCAACACCGACCGGCAGCUGCUGACGGGCGGCGGCGACGGCACCUGCGCCCUCUGGGACGUGGAGUCGGGCCAGCUGCUGCAGAGCUUCCAGGCGCACGGCGCGGACGUGAUGUGCCUGGACCUGGCGGCCUCCGAGAUGGGCGACACGUUCGUGUCGGGCGGCUGCGACCGCGCCGCGCUCGUGUGGGACAUGCGCAGCGGCCACGCGGUGCAGGCCUUCGACGCGCACGAGUCGGACGUGAACAGCGUGCGCUUCCACCCGGCCGGCGACUCGCUCGCCACCGGCUCCGACGACUCGUGCUGCCGCCUCUUCGACCUGCGCGCCGACCGCGAGGUGGCGCGCUACACCAAGGACAGCGUCAUCUUCGGCGUCAACUCGGUGGAGUGGUCGGUGAGCGGGCGGCUGCUGUUCGCCGCCUACAGCGACUACACGGCCUGCGCGUGGGACGCGCUGCGCGCCGCGCGCCUCUGCGUGCUCUGCGGCCACGAGCACCGCGUCACGCGCGUGCAGCUGGCGCCCGACGGCACGGCGCUCGCCACCGCCUCCUGGGACGCCACGCUCAGGAUCUGGGCC